ACUUUUCAGCACCGACACGGAACGUGCUCACACACCUUGUACAAAACGAUGAGCGACAACGACACAGACACACGUGCAGAGCAGACACAGCCUGCGCAGCCGCAGUCGUCGCUGCAGAUGAAGCCGGAGGCACUGCCCGCUGCGUUUCGAGCGUUCUUGAGAGACAACGACAUUGAUGAGGACGCGUACACAGCGGCAUUCGAACAUCUGGAUCUGCGGUACAUUCGGCUAUCCAAGCGUGUGCAACUGAAAGAGGAAGAACUUGGCGCAGAGUUUCCUGGCAUCCGUCCGGUUCCUUGGUGUCCCGGGUUCUAUGCUAUGCCGCACACAGCCAAGCUGGCAUCUUCAGCGUUGUACACCAACGGCCAUGUCUAUGGAAUGGAUGUGAGCUCAGGCGCUGCCGUGACGGCCCUGCAGAUUCAACCGGGAGACCACUGUCUCGACCUCUGCUGCGCACCUGGCGCCAAGCUGUGCAUGAUGAGCGACCUGAGUGGUGAGGAAGGAUCUGUCACGGGUGUCGACGUCAGCAGGGAGCGGCUGGCAGCAUGCCGUACACUUCUCCUCAAGUACAAGCACGAUAAUGUGCGCCUGUAUCUGGCUGACGGGCGUUCGUUCAGCACAAGCGCGCCCGCGCCACCGCAGCCUUGCUCGUGCCAUUGCAGACUUGAUGUGAACGGCAGCGAUGGUGACAGGCACGGAUCCGACGACGCCACGAGAGAUCGCGCUCAACAGCAGCAGGAACAACAGGAACAGCAGCAACAACAACACGAACAACCACUGCAACAGCAUGGGCACCCUCGUCCUGGUCGACGCAAGAUUCCCAAACGCGACAGAAUGCAUUUUGUCAACGGCAUGUUUUAUUGCGCAAGACCGCUGCUGGAGCGCUAUCGACUUGAUCGGCCGGCCCAGGCGGUGGGCGGUGGCUGCACGUGUCACACGCACAGUCGCCUGUAUGACAAGGUGAUGGUUGACGCUGAGUGCACACAUGAUGGGUCAAUCAAGCACAUCAUCAAAUACAACGAGUGGGGCUGGGACACGUUUGAGCGGCGGUUCUUUGAUCCACAUCGGAUAGAAACGCUCGAGGCAUUACAGCGGCAGCUGCUGACCACAGGCUUUUCUCUCCUCAGACCGGGCGGGCGCCUCGUGUACAGCACCUGCAGUUUUGCAAAGAGGCAAAACGAGAGCAUCAUUUCGUGGUUCCUCGACGCAACGCCAACGGCGCGUCUCCUACCCGCUGAUCUCCCGUCCUCAACGCCGCACACACAUCCACGUGAACAGCGGCUCAAACACUGCAUCAAGUUUAACCCAAAGGUGUCUGGCACGAGUGGGCUCUUCGUUGCUGUCAUCACCAAGACGGAGGCAUCCAGACAACAGGCUGACGUGGCAACCGACUAACUCAAACGGUACUCAUCGACACACACACACACACAAUCUUUGUCUGU